GGGACAGGACCGGCGCGCUGAAGAUUGAGGGGGGGGCCAGAGGCGCCUGGAAGUGACCGGCGCCGGAGGGUCUUUUGAGGAGGGGGGAGUCCCGCCGUCUUUAAAUAAAGGGUCCCCCGGCUGGAGGGCUCGGCUUUGGUGGGCAGGAGGCGCCAGGGCUUUUAAGAUUCUGAUUUACCACCUGCAACGCCAAAAAAACCGAUCUGUGAUGACAACAAUGCCAAUUCUAAGGAGCAGCUUGGGGUCCGCAGACCAUAAUUUCGCAAACGAGCUUUCUGGCAUGCACGAAACAAUAUUUUCCAGUGAGAUACUGCCUUCUGACAUCGGUUCGACAGAGGUGGUUGUGAAAAGUGGGUAUCAGGACCCCCUAUACCUCAGUGCCGCCCACAUUUUCCAAAGCGUCCGUAAUGAAAAACCUCACGACAAAAUCCUGGUGAAAUAUGGCACCGGGCCAUUGCCAUCUCUUCCGGAUUUCAAAGACGAAGAAUCCCAGCGUUUGUCCUACGAACUGGCGUUCAGCGCUCUAAAAUAUCAAGACGUUUUGGAAUACAUGUUGAUAGACAGCGGCGUUUACCCAUUGCAAUCCAUAUCAGAUGACCUGACCAGCUUAGUCGUGGUGAUGCUGUAUGACCUUCAGGACCGGAAGUUUGAAACGCGCUCGAUUCCUGAGGACGAAGAAACCGUAGCAGAAGUUCAAGAAGUGGAGCAUUAUCUCUGCAGUUUUAAGACCAAGCUGGCAGCCGCGUUGGCGAGAUGCCGAAUCAAACACGAUGCUCUUACGAUCGAACAUAUCCUCCCGGAAACAAUUCGGAGGCAGGAGCAGAGGGCUUCGACCUUGCCACUCUACGCUUGGGUGAACACCUUGAAAGUCAGUCUGGAAGAAGUCCACAGCUUCUUACAGAAAGAAGGCUUCACCAAAGUACAGUCCAUCUCCAAUUUUGAUGGUGACACGUAUUGCCUGGACAAGCAUUGUGAAGAUGGACUCAUUUUCCCGUCCUCUCUUAAAGAAAAGCUGCUGACCUUGGAGCUCUACACUGAUCACAAGCUCCUCUUGCAAGAUAACUCCCGGAGUCUGGCUGUACAUUCGGUGAAAGCUCUGCUGAAUAUGGACGACGAUAUUUUAAUUGCACAAAUGGGGUCCUGGCUCACUGUGGCCCACAUGUCAGUGCUGACCAAUCAGGACACUUCCCGGGUGUUUGUAUGCGGAGUGAAGUCUGCAGCCAGAGAGGCUGAAUUGAAGGAUCUCUUUGCGCGCAUGGAGUGUAAAAAUAUCGAGCUGCUUCAUGAAGAUUUUACCAACAUCGAGCCCACGUUUUCCAAGCUGCAGAAAGUGAAAGUGAUAUUGCUCCUGCCUCGCUGUUCUGGCCUGGGGGUCAGCAAUCCGAUUGAAUUUAUUUUAAAAGAGCACGAAGAUGCAGAGUUACUUCGGGACCUGUCUCAAGGAUCGGUAGCUGAGGACAAACUAAGCACUCUGGCUCAACAGCAGCUGAAGGAGCUGACCCACGCCAUGCAGUUUGUUAAAGUACAAGCUCUCAUCUACUGCACCUGCUCAUUGUACCCAGAAGAAAACGAAGUGGUAGUGAACAAAGCGUUGGCAUCUGGAGCGGAAGGAGCAAAGGCCCAGCCUUACAAGCUUUGUCCCCCAGUUCUUCCUUUGUGUUCCAAGUCAGAAGUCAACAUCUCUGAACAGAACUUCUUCCGGUUGGAGCCCUCAGAGAUUUCAAAUAGCUGUUUUAUUGCAGUUUUAACCCGAGAGCGCGAUCCAUCUGAAUCGGUGUCCGUGAAGGACGUUUUGGCCCGUGCCGCGGCCAAAGGCCUGUUGGACGGGAUCGACCUGGCCAAGCCAUCCAAGAGAGAAGAGAAAAAGAAGAAGAAACACCGAGCCGCCCCGUCGAAGAAUCCAAUUAAAGAGGCCGUGAUGCAAUCCCGGAUUCAGGAGUUCCUGGAACGAGAGAUGAAAUCUGGGACGAUGGAGACUGCCUCUCCCGGGUCAAAGGUGCCUUCCAGCAGCUCUCAGGUGAUGAACCAAGCCAGCGAGCCCAUCACCUUGAAGAAAGCGACCAGCCCUCUUUCGAACUCAUCUCUGCCCAUAAUGGCCAAGAAUAAUCUCACCGCCACCUCCACCAUGCAAAAGGUCUUGGAGAAACAACGGAAUGCCGGGAAGGCCAGGAACGAUGACCGAGUCAUGAUUUUGAAGCCGGUUGAGAUUGUCCUCCCCCCGGUGAUGAUGCCGUAUUUUAACCCCCAAGGGAACAGGGCCCAGAUUUCCACGAACCACUGUUACUACCGCUGGUUCGGGGCAAAACACGGGGCACUCAGCCCUUCGGCAUCCAAAAGACUGAUUAAGUCCAAAGAGCCUUCCUCGUCUACAGCAACCAAGCACUCUCGUCCGUGGCUUUGAAGUUUGACUGCCAUCUUGGUUUCUUUUGUUUUUGUUUUGUUUUUCCACACACACCCCCGCAGAAUUUGAGACCGAUUUUCAUUUAACAAGUCAGCUCCCUGAAUAUCGUUUUGGGCCCUAAAGUGCUUUUAGAAAAGAAAUUGGAAACCUGGACCUCUUUUUGAGGUAAUUAACAAACGAGCUGUUUUACAAAUUAACAAACGAGCUGGUUUUUUUUAAAAUUAUUAUGAUGUCAUGCUUGCGUCCAGUUUCGGUACCUUUUGAAUGUCAACCCCCCCCCCCAAAAAAGCACACUUGGAUUAUCAUUGGAGGGAACUUUAUAUAAAGUUUGAUGCGGGCUAGAGCUAAUUAGUAUGUUAAGCCAGGACAGACCUACUUGUGUCUGAAUGGCUUUGAAGCGACUUGAAUUUGUAAAGGUGAACUGUAAACGAAAACCAGGGCGGGGGGGCUACAUAGAAAAAUAAAAGAGGCUUCGUUUUUAAUCCCCCCCGAGAUAUUUCAGAUCAUUUUUUUUUUCUUGGGAAUUGGGAAUGCGUUCCCUGUUUCUGACUUUAGUUUCUGACCUCAACUGAUCUUUGUAGAGACUCCCGCUGGAUUAAAAGCCCACUCUUAAGAAAGAACCGCACUUUGAAAAGUACAAACUGGCUUUGGAAGAGAAAUCCUAACUAAACAACAGACAUUUGGAUUUCAAGAGGCUUUUUUUCUGGCGUUGGUGUCACUAUUAACACGCUUUCCUUCGGCUUCCACGUGAUCCUGGGCUUCAUUAGCAACUCAGUAUAAAUCAUCAAGUUAUUAACGCCGUACGGUUGACUGGAAACGGAGCAUAUUAAACAAUUCCUGAUUAA